AUGCUUAUGAAUGCUAAAUGUUUUAUCACACUUCUUAUUAUUGUAACCCUGUGUAAAUCUGGUUACAAUUACAAUCUUCGUAAAUCAUUUAUAAGAUUCACCAAAGCUUCAACUUUAAAUAUCAAUUGUGAUAAUAAUAAUCAAAAACUCAAUGCCAAUUCUCCAUCGACUAUUAUCGCAACUCCGGUAUGGCCCACCACAAUUCCACAACCCACUCAUGCCGAACCGGCAAUGAAUAUGUCAGAUCAUUUUAGAUAUGAUAUGAAAAAGAGUGAAAAUUAUUCAGAAAUUGCUAUAACGUUAAGUGGAAAUAUUGACAUUGGAAAUGUUUCUUUUUAUAGAAGUAAAGACACGUAUACAAUUUCCAUUCCAUUUACACGAUUGUGA